AGUGCUGGUGCAGCAAAAAAAAAACGAGUGCGAAUUUGGAUAUGCGAUCAUGGUUUGAUCUUUUGACGCGUCCCAUUGCUUACUGCCGUGGCGCUAAAAAUAGCGACCGUGUGCGAACCGGCGACUCGUUAAAUGUCAAACCCUUUCCUCUGCCCAAGUUCAAAAUUAGUCUAGUAGCCACCGGCUGCUGUUGUGAGAGAGUGGAAAGGUGCGCGCGUGUGUGUUGAAGUUUGCAUGGAACGGUUGGUGUGGUAAGUGAAGAAUUUGGCUCCAUCCGUCGUGACCUAACGCGAAGGUAUCGAACCGGCUGUCAUCGAAAGCGGGUACGAUCGUUUAGGUUCUCAAAAGAAGCACACACACACACACAUAUACAGGCAAAUCGUUUUAUUUGUAGUUUGAAAGCUAGAGAGCAGAGCGCCAAUGGCCUCGCAAGAAGAUUCCGCCGUCAAUCCGGCGGGAAAGAUUCUGUCCGUGUGCUGGAAUGCUGGUGCACUGGCCGCAUCGUAUUAUGACAUCGAUCAGCUCGAACUGUACGCUGUCCAGCAGGCGAUCGAACCCCGUCCCCAGUACGUGCUGCUGCGCGACCUCGUGCAGCGCUACCCCCCCCUGUACUACGUCGUUACCGGUCCUGCCUGCUUCCUGGAAGAUUGCCGCGAGGUGCUGGGCGUCCCGGCAGCCGUUGCGAAUCAGCCCGCACCGUCCGAUUCGGUCGACCAAAGUGGAGGCAACGCUUCCCAGCCAUCGAACGUGAAGAUUGUGGAGUAUACGGCCCAGUCACAGGCCCAGGCUAGGGGUCGCCUGCUCGCCCACAAGCUUGCCGGCAUGCCACCGGAAUCGAGCGAGCGCGAGUGCCGCACGUUUCUCGAAAGCAUCGUUCCGUUCGAGCAGGAGCUGCUGGUGACCAGCGUCGGCAAUCUGCUGCUGCUGCUCGACACCGUCGGUGACACCCUGUCGCCGGCGCAGCUCGUCACGAGGAUCAAUCUCGUCACGCCCAGCACGCAGCUCGUCAUCGACGGGCUGACGUACGAGGCGCUGCAGAUAUUCGACGCCAGCCGGCACCCGUCCGGCUUCAAGUGCGGCACGGAUACGCGCGGCCUCUCCGUGUACAGCUUGUUCAACAAGUGCUCCUCGAAGAACGGGGAAGAGUGGCUCAGCCGGCUGAUGACGCAACCGAUCCGGGAUCGGGCGGAGCUGCAGCACCGGCACGACACCGUCCAGUGGCUGCUGGCGAACGUCCGGUACGCGAACCAGUUCGACCAGUGCCUGAAGCAUCUGACCAACGUUGGCCUACUGUAUCGGAAGCUGCUGCAAGGCACGGCCCGCAACGUGGACUGGAAGAUGCUGAAGAAAAAUCUCUACUAUCUGUACAGCCUGUGCAAGCUGUGCGCGCUGACGCUCGAGGAUGCGCAGGUGGCCGGCACGGUUGUGCAGGAGCUGGGCCAGUACACGCGCAACCCGACCAACGCACUCAAGCACGUGCUGUACACCAUCGACAAGUGUUUGGAUCUGGAGAAGGGGGACGAGGAGAACAAGGUCACGAUACGGGCCGGGCUCGAUCCGGCCGUCGACCGGCUGCGCGAACAGUACGACGGUUUGCGCGAGGUCGUGCUGGAAUCGUCCCGACUGGGGUUGGAAACGCUGCAGCUCGAUAUGGCCAACAUCUGCGUAACGUAUCUGCCAUCGUUCGGGUUCGUGAUCAGCACGCAGGUCGACGAGCAGCUGCAACGGUCCGGGAUCUUUCAGCACGAAUCGUUCGAUUUGGUGUUUCAGGCGGACAAUACCGCCUACUUCCAGAUAAGCCUGUGCAAGGAGCUGAACGACGAGUUCGGCCAAAUGGUAGCGUCUAUGAUCGAGCACGAGCUGGCGGUGCAGACGCGCCUAACCACCUUCGUCGGUACCAAGUUCCCGGAGGUGAUGGGCGUGUUCAAGCUGGCGGGCAAACUGGACGCACUGCUAUCGUUUGCCACCGUCGCCAAGAUGCAUCGCUACGUGCGGCCCCUUGUUUGCGACGGUGCGAAGGUGCUGCAGAUACAGGGCGGCCGGCAUGUGGUGCUGGAGCAUCGCCGAACGUACCGGGCGAAUGACACGUGCGUCGGCGAGACGAAUCACCACCUGGUGAACGUGAUUGCCGCCGACACCUCGGUGGGCAAGACGACCUACCUGAAGGAGGUGGCCAUCAUCUGCUAUCUGGCCCACGUGGGCUCGUAUGUGCCGGCGGCGUACGCCAAAAUCCCGCUGCUCGAUUCCAUCUACACGCGGCUCGACCACCCGGAAUCGAUCUUCAGCGGCCGAUCGUCCUUCAUGUCGGAGCUGUACCAGAUGGCGAGUUUGCUGCAGAACGCCACCGCCAGCUCGCUGGUGCUGAUCGAUGAGUUUGGCAAGGGGACCAACUAUCUCGAGGGGAAAUCGCUACUGAUCGCAUCGAUCGAACACUUGCUCAAGCGGGGCGACAGCGCACCGAUAACGUUCGUUACUACCAAGUUUACCGGCAUCGAGCGGUUUCUGCCCACCGUGCACCGGAACCUUCUGGUGCGGGUACACCGUACGCCGACCGACCGGCAAUCGCGUAGCAGCACCAGAACCAGUGACACGCUGGACGUGACCUCCGACGACCCGGCCGAUCCAACCGAACGGCUGAAGGCCACGUACCAGCUGGCGUUCCGUGCGGUCGCUUUUGCAGUGAUGAAAUACCACCAGGCGGCGGGUGGCCAGGCACCGACCACGGCAAGCGUUCGAGCGCUGAUGGAAUCCACGCCAAUCACGCGCGUACCGGAACAGUGUCUAGAAAUUUCGCAUCCACCACCGUCACGUGCGGUGCAGCAGCAGCACAAUAGGCACGCCAACGAUGACGUUACCGGUGAUGGUACAUAAUGGAAAAUCCUAUCGAAAAACGUAACAUUUAAAUGUUUAAACACGUUCUCCCCGUACCGAGGAGCCACCAGUGAUGAUGCACGCUUCCC